CUUUGUUCCAGAUUACAUAUGUUGUUGUCAUGUCCGUAACGUCCUUGUUGACUUGCAGUUUUGUCUUACUUGGUGAAGUGAAACCUUAGUAGCCUAUGACGCAGGCUUCCUUAAAUCUGGAGAACAAAUAAAUCCCCGAGCAACUUGAAAUUGGGGAAUUUGUCAAGUUUCGAGGCGGCUGCCAUCAUCUGAACACGACGCAAAAUCUACGUAUGUUAAGUGUUAUGGCUUUCCAAGGAGUCUGUCAUUAUGAGGUUAAAAGCUGUGGUUAAGAAGUCAAAACAUUCUUCAAGAAGGCUACUUCCUCUGUCCUUUUUUUGCAACGUGCCAACUAAAAUCCAUUAAUUCAACUUGAAAUGGAGAUGUGCAUUAUAACCGAGAUACAAAUAUGAGGAGUUUCUGUCAUCAAGGGAGUUUUUAAACUGUGGAGUCGGUUCUUAGUGGUCAUUGGGCAGCAGGGGAUUGAAUUGCAUUUUAUUUAUUUUUGCAAACGUAAAAUAGAUGGACGGUCCCUUCUUGGUUUGUUUUGGGAUCGGAAUGUCUCCGAUGCCAAGAAUUCCAGUAUGUUCAUUCCAAGUCUGAGGAGAGUGAACAUGAGCUGCUCCCUGUUAAAGACGGUCUCAAACGCGUGAUGUCAUCGAAUAUAAAGUCUGGAGCCGCUCCAUCGACUAUGAAUGGGAGACUGAUCAUGUGGGUGCAAAGAAUGGGUUUCUUUACAUACCCAAAUGAGCUCCAUUCUAUUGUUGUGUUAAUUUACCCAUAUAUUUAACAUGUCAUUUACAACAUUUUUAUCAAUUCAUUGUCAAUGGACACAUAUACAUAUUUGCCUUUUUUUUAACUUUAGCUUUUGUAUUUGGGAGAGUUAUUCAUGUUUACUUACAUUUGUGGGGGUUCUUAAACCACAGGUAUAGCAGAAACCCAGAGAAUUUGCCCCUUUCUUAAAUGAUAUGGUUUCAGUACAUGAUGCAAUAUCUUAAAUAAGCCCUGGUCAUACAGAUUUUCAGGGCUUUUAAAGUCACUUAAGGGAGCAAUGUGUGACGUCUAGCUACCUGCUUUAAAUAAACAAGAGGCGUCUUUUAAAAUCGACGACUGGGUCCAUCAAAUGUAAAUCCCAGGAGGGGAGCAGAGCUGAAACUGGCUGAAACUCUCCUGUGUAACGGGAACAACUGAAAGCUUGUUGAUCCGGUGGGGGUUUAGGGCAGUCCUCCUCUAUCAGACCCCCGAGUGCUGGGCUUUGUGCUCGCUGAAUUUGAAUAUAAUGCACCCCGGUUGGUGUUGAAUAUCAAUUAUAGGAUCGUCUUGUUUGCUGUUCUCUCCCUGAUCACCUGUGUGGAGGAAAUGACGCGCAGAUUUUUACAGAAACUCUUUUGCAGAAAGGUCCCAUUAGCUUUUUUUUUUUUAGGAGUAAAUAGUCAAGAGGCCUGUUUUUUAUUUACAUUUUUUUACAUUCUGUUUUUCUACAAUGAGCCGUGCAAGCUGGGGAAUCGACGCCCUCUCCCGUGACCUUUCCAAAACGCCCUCCUCGGAACGCCCCACGUGACUUUAUUCUCAAGGAGAAAACCUGAACACAGCACACCCUUUGCUCACAUCUCUGCACUUGCGGAGGUUUUGCUGUAGGGUGACAUCAUCGCUGAGAUUCACCGGCACGUUAUGGCCGUGCGUCGCGAUACACGUGCACCCGUAGACAAUGAGCCGGGACUCUUUUCUCCUGCAGAUUAUUACAGCUCCCGGGAGGCCUCCUCCAGGAGCGAGACAAAGGGGCCAAGUGGCAUGGCAUCCCGACCCUGCUGCAGAGGCUCUACGAGAGCAGCCAUCCCAACAGCGACCUCUCCAAUGCCCACAGCUUUCUUAAGGUAUUAUCAUCCCAACUCUCCAUGGAGGCCAUGUCUUUUGUCACGGAGGACAGGAAGACUGCUCAGGAAUCUACCUUCCCCAACACGUACACCUUUGACCUCUUUGGUGGAGUCGAUCUGCUUGUGGAGAUCUUGAUGAGACCCACGCUAACUAUGCAGAAAAAGAAAAAAAAUUUGAACGAUGACUUGGUCAAGGACUGCCUUAGUGUGCUCUACAACUGUUGUAUAUGUACGGAGGGGGUCACAAAAAGCCUGGCGGCGAGGGACGACUUUGUGCUGUUCCUCUUCACCCUGAUGACGAACAAGAAGACUUUCCUACAGACCGCUACCCUAAUUGAAGAUAUUCUCGGAGUCAAAAAGGAGAUGAUCCACUUAGAGGGCAUCCCCAACCUGUCGGGCCUGGUCCAGAGCUUCGACCAACAGCAGCUGGCCAACUUCUGCCGCAUCCUGUCGGUCACCAUCUCCGAACCCGACGUCGGGAACGACGACAAGCACACCCUCCUGGCCAAAAACGCACAGCAGAAAUGCAUCGCCAGCCCGUCCCGGGCAGAGGUCAACCAGGUAACCCUGCUGAACAUCCCCGGCUUCAUCGAGCGGUUGUGUAAGCUGGCCACCAGAAAGGUGUCCGAGGCCACCGGAGCCAACUUCCUGCAGGAGCUGGAGGACUGGUACACAUGGCUGGACAACGCGCUGGUGCUGGACGCCCUCAUGCAGAUGGCCACCGAGGAGGCUGAACAAAGUAGUACAGAGUCCUCAGAUGAGAGCUCCCUGGCCACCAGCCCUCUGAGACAUCGGCUGCCCCAGUCGAUGAAGAUCGUCCAUGAGAUCAUGUACAAGGUGGAGGUGCUCUACGUGCUCUGCGUCCUCCUUAUGGGCCGACAGAGGAACCAGGUCCACAAGAUGCUGGCUGACUUCCGUCUCAUCCCGGGACUCAACAACUUGUUUGACAAGCUGAUCUGGAGGAAAUACACGGCCACGAACCAUGUGGUCCACGGCCAGAAUGAGAACUGCGACUGUAGCCCUGAAAUAUCCUUCAAAAUCCAGUUCCUGCGACUACUUCAGAGCUUCAGUGACCACCACGAGAACAAAUACCUGCUGCUGAACAGCCAGGAGCUCAAUGAGCUGAGUGCCAUUUCCAUGAAGGCCAACAUCCCCGAGGUGGAAGCGCUGGUCAACACGGACAGAAGCCUGGUGUGUGACGGGAAGAAGGGCCUCCUCACGCGCCUCCUCACCGUGAUGAAGAGGGAGCCCCCAGACUCGUCAUUCAGAUUCUGGCAGGCAAGGGCAGUGGAAAGUUUUCUCCGAGGCGCCACCUCCUACGCAGACCAGAUGUUCCUCUUGAAGAGGGGACUCCUCGAGCACAUCCUGUUCUGCAUCAUCGACAGCGGUUGCACGUCAAGAGACGUCCUGCAGAGCUACUUCGAUCUGCUGGGCGAGCUCAUGAAGUUCAACAUCGACGCCUUCAAGAGAUUCAACAAAUACGUCAACACCCCGGAGAAGUUCGAGGCCUUCAUGACGCAGAUCAACAGUUCUCUGGUGGACUCCAACAUGCUGGUGCGCUGCAUCGUCCUCUCGCUGGACCGCUUCGAGAGCCAGACUGAAGACGUCAAAGUGGUGGAGGUGCUUUCUGAAUGCUGCCUGCUGUCCUACAUGGCCCGGGUCGAGAGCCGGCUGUCCUUCCUCUUCCGGCUGAUCAACAUCAUCAACGUACAGACGCUCACACAGGAGAACGUGAGCUGUUUGAACACCAGCUUGGUGAUCCUGAUGCUGGCCAGAAGAAGGGCCAAGCUGCCCUUCUACCUCAACGCGCUGCGGGAGAAGGAGUACGCCGAGAAGUACCCGGGCUUCCUGCUCAACAACUUUCACAACCUGCUGCGCUUCUGGCAGCGCCAUUACCUCAACAAGGACAAGGACAGCACCUGUCUGGAGAACAGCUCCUGCAUCCCCUUCAGCUACUGGAAGGAGACGGUGUCGGUGCUGCUGGGCGCCGAUAGGACUUCGCUGUGCGCCAUCGCGAGCUACAUCGACGAGCCCUUCAUGGAUCUGGACAGAGACCUGCUGGAAGAUUGACCUCCUGUGUGUGUGUGUGUGUGUGUGUGCACUCGGUGCCGGGGGGAGGAAGGGGGAGGGGCAGACGGUCACAGGGAGCAUGGACACCUGAAGCUGGUGCAGACUCCGCUGAGCCCUCCGGGCGCUUUGUGACUGCGUCCCGGAUGUAAAGGCUCGCCUGUUGAGAACCUUCUUUUUUUUUUUUUUUUUUUCGCAUCGAGGCCGUCGUCGCAGACGUGCCGGGACGGGACGUAAUUUUUCCCGGCCGGUCGUCCUCCUCACUAAGUUACCGACCUCUUCUUCGAAGGCGCGGCAAUAAAAAAAGGACCUUAGCGAAAAUGAAACCCCGCAUUGGUUGUUUUGCUUUAGGUGAUAUUCAAAUAGAGCCUUUUAUAUAACCUAUACAAAAUUCUAUGAAGUAAAAAAAAAAAUGUGUAUGAUUCAACAAAGUAUAUGCUCGAAGAAAAAAAAAAAAGAUUCUUUUCACGUGGACAUUGUGCAGAUCCUGUGGUGAGUCACCGGCUACCUGCACACUCUGACUCCACCCCCACUGAGGGGGGGGGGGGAUUGGUGGAGGCUUUUUUGUUGUUGUCGCAGGGGUCUUCACAGCAUUUUCAUUUAACCGUCUAUGGGUCUAUUUUAUUAGGCGGCCAUUGUGGCUCUACGGCUCGACUCGGCACCUUUCGGUAGCUCGUGGGCCGGCAGACACGUUUUCACAAAUCACACGGGGGGGGGGGUGGGCUCACCUGAAAGCAUCCACCUCACGGGGGGGGGGGGGGAGGAGACUCCUCUUCCUCUCACCUGAAAGCAUCCACCUCGUUGUGGCUUCACCCCAGGGACUUGUUUUCUUUACCAGGUUUAUUAUUUUUUGUAGAUUUCCUUUUUUUGUCUUAUUGAAAACAAUGGCUUUUAGCUCUGGAUGAACUGUAGAAUAAAACAUUGCACAGAUUACAUUGUUUUUAUUGUUUAGUUUAUAUUUUACCACAUUUUUGUCGAUUUAAAAAGAAAAGAAAAAACAUUUUCAUUUUGUAACUGAACUUGUAUCCAUUGUUGUGAGAGAUGCUUUGGUAAAGAGAAUAAACUAUGCAGGCGCUAGUGUUAAGAAACCCA